AUGAAGCAGAUUGACGAGCUACAGGGCGAAGCGCCCAUCGCCUUUCGGGCACCUGUUGGAGGCGGGACUAACACCGCGCCACUGACAUUGCCACCGAACACCAGUCUCGAGAAAUUCAACGACUUCAUGAGCUCCAUCGCGGGCAUUGUGGGAACAGAGAAUGCCACUGUGGUCUCCUCUGAUGCUGAGCUCCAACAAGAAGACUACUUGGAUCCGAGCAAGGCACAUGAUAUGUACCACAUUACAGAGAAGGAGUACUUCGUGAGCAGUGCUGUAGUCGCUCCCCGCAAUGUUGGUGAAGUGCAAGCAAUCAUGAAACUCUGCAAUGAAUUCGAAAUCCCAGUGUGGCCAUUUAGCAUUGGUAGGAAUGUGGGCUAUGGUGGUGCAGCACCAAGGGUUCCUGGCAGCAUUGGCUUAGAUAUGGGGCGAAACAUGAACAAAGUUCUCGAAGUGAAUGAAGACGGUGCAUAUGCCGUUUUGGAGCCGGGCGUCACCUUCUUGGAUCUCCAUAAUUACCUCGUCGAAAAGAACUUGCGAGACAAGCUGUGGAUCGAUACGCCAGAUCUUGGUGGAGGCUCGGUGAUAGGCAAUACUGUCGAAAGAGGAGUUGGAUACACUCCUUAUGGAGACCACUGGAUGAUGCACUGUGGUAUGGAGGUUGUUUUGCCUGAUGGCAGUCUCUGGCGAAGUGGAAUGGGAGGACUACCAAACCCCAAGGCGGACCCGAAUGCAAGACCGGAAGACCAAGCCUGGAACGAGACGUUUGGUCUGUUCAAUUAUGGUUUUGGCCAAUACAACGAUGGCAUAUUCACGCAAUCGUCGCUGGGCAUAGUCGUAAAGAUGGGAAUUUGGUUGAUGGUGAAUCCUGGUGGUUACCAAUCCUACUUGAUCACCUUUCCAAAAGACUCCGACUUACACAAGGCAGUCGAGAUCAUCAGACCGUUGCGCGUAGGGAUGGUGCUACAGAACGUUCCAUCCAUCCGACACAUUCUUCUUGACGCAGCAGUCAUGGGCAAUAGAAAGGCUUACAAAGAGUCGGAUGAACUACUCACAGACGACGAGAUGGAUGCAAUCGCGAAGAAGCUCAAUCUUGGCAGAUGGAACUUCUAUGGUGCCGUGUAUGGCCCCGAGCCAGUGCGGCAAGUCAUGCUCAGCGUCAUCAAACAGUCUUUUCUUUCGAUCGAGGGUGCGAAGUAUUACGAGCCAGAAGAUAUGCCGGACAAUCUUGUCCUCCAAACACGACACCUCACGCUCCAAGGAGUUCCGACUACAACCGAGCUCAAAUGGGUAGACUGGCUACCCAACGGAGCCCACCUAUUCUUCAGCCCCAUCGCCAAAGUCUCUGGCGACGACGCUGUGGCCCAAUACGAAGUCACCCGCAGACGCUGCGAAGAAGCCGGCUUCGACUUUAUCGGGACUUUCGUCAUCGGUAUGCGUGAAAUGCACCACAUUGUCUGCAUCGUCUUCAACCGCAAAGAUCCCGAGAGCAGACGUCGCGCACACUGGCUCAUCAAGACCUUGAUCGACGACGCUGUCGCGAGAGGCUGGGGCGAAUAUCGCACCCAUUUAGCUGUCAUGGAUCAAAUUGCAAAGACGUAUAGCUGGAAUGAUCAUGCGCAGUUGCGAUUGAAUGAGAAGAUCAAGGAGGCGUUGGAUCCCAAGGGGAUUUUGAGUCCGGGGAAGAAUGGAGUGUGGCCGAAACAGAUGAAUGCGGAGGACUACAAGGUGCCCUUUUAA